AAAGAACUGUCCUCUAAGACUUCCUCAUAGCCCGCCGCAAACGCCAAUAAGAGUGAAGAGUUUGCUUGCGCUUGCGUAGAUGGUGCGCUGCCUCCAUCUCCCAGGCUGUCACGCAGGCGCAGCCUAGCAGAUUGUUAGCAGGUGGAAGAGUGGGGUAAACUCUGCGUGGAUGUGACACUCGAGACGGGGUUGUUUCUAUCUGGCUCUUUAAAAACAGGCUUUUCUGGCUCAAAAGAAAAUGAAUAAAUCAUCAACACUGCUGCGGUUUCCUCUCUACCAGCUUCUUAAGAACUUUAGGAAGCCUUCUUGGGAAAACGUCUGCUGGAAAUCUAGCAGUGGGUUUACUUUUCCAUAUGGCCAGCGAGUUAAUCCACCACAAUCCUUUUGUUCAUGGAGGAAGAUGUUUUCAAAGGGGUUGAAAUUUGGGCUGGGGUGUCCAGCAGCAUCAGAACAGCAAACACCUGAGCUCUCUGACAAGGAGCAAAGACUUCUGAGCAAUUUGUACACUGGACUGAUCCAAGGACACAGGGCCUGUCUGGCGGAAGCCAUUACACUCAUAGAAUCAACCCAUAAGAGGAAAAAAGAAGUUGCGCAAGUUCUUCUUCAGAAGGUAUUAUCCCACCACCGAGAACAAGAACAGUUAAAUAAAGGAAAGCCACUAGCCUUUAGAGUGGGAUUAUCUGGCCCCCCUGGUGCUGGAAAAUCAACAUUCAUUGAAUGUUUUGGGAAAAUGCUGACUGAAAGAAGACACAAAGUAUCUGUCUUGGCAGUAGAUCCUUCCUCUAGUACUACUGGUGGGUCACUCUUGGGUGAUAAAACACGAAUGACGGAAUUGUCAAGAGAUCUGAAUGCUUACAUCAGACCAUCUCCAACCAGAGGAACAUUGGGUGGGGUAACGCGGACUACAAAUGAAGCCAUUUUGUUGUGUGAAGGAGGAGGUUAUGAUAUUGUUCUUGUUGAAACAGUAGGAGUGGGUCAGUCAGAGUUUGCAGUUGCUGAUAUGGUGGAUAUGUUUGUAUUGCUGCUGCCACCAGCAGGAGGUGAUGAGUUACAGGGUAUCAAAAGAGGUAUCAUUGAGAUGGCAGAUCUUGUUGUUAUAACCAAAGCAGAUGGAGAUCUCAUUGUGCCAGCACGGAGGAUUCAAGCAGAAUAUGUUAGUGCUUUAAAAUUGCUCCAUAAGCGCUCAAAAGUUUGGAGACCAAAGGUAAUGCGCAUCUCUGCCAAAACCGGAGAAGGCAUUUCGGAUGUAUGGGAUAAGAUGACAGAAUUCCAAGAGCUCAUGCUUACAAGUGGUGAGUUGCUUGCCAAACGCAGGAGGCAGCAAAAAGUGUGGAUGUGGAAUGUAAUCCAAGAAAGCAUGCUGGACCAUUUCCGGCAACACUCAAAAGUAAAGGAUCAAAUUCCUCUCCUGGAAGACAAGGUUGUUGAUGGGAUCCUAUCUCCUGGGCUAGCUGCAGACCUACUGCUCAGGGCUUUUAAAGAGAAAUCCUGAUUCUUUUCUGUAUAUGACCUGAUGAUAUGAAAUAAAUGAUAUAAAUGUAUAUAGCAUUUUAUUUUAAAAAAUGUCUGAGCCAUGAACUUCUUUAUUAUCAAAUUUGUACCUGUACAUUUCCAGCAAUACCUGCCUUGAUUUGCAGCAAUAAUUACCAUAAAAACCUAUACCUACAAUAUUAAAACGACAAUUGUUGCCCGAUAUAAAGCGGCCCUCAAAAAGGAAAUGCCGGUUUAUAAAAAACAAGCUUUCAAAUUGCCAUCGGAAGUGUGCAGAAGGGGAGAAGGCCAUUUUAUUAGAAAAAGGUAGUUUUAUUAUAGCAGUGGUCUCCAAUCUUGGCAACUUUAAGACUUGUGGACUUCAACUUGUGGAGUGGAAGUCCACAAGUCUUAAAAAAGUAUUAUUGGGUUACAAGAAUCUUGCAAGUCCAGAUGUAUCUCCUUACUUUCUGUCUCUUAUCUUAAAGAGAACAAGGGAGGGUCAAAUCUGAGACACUUUUCCAAAUUAUAUUUCUGCCCCAGACUCAAAUUUCUCUUAACUGACACUUGCCUUGACUGCAGCCAUUCCUUCUGUUCCUCAACAGAGAGAAUUUGAUAGCAUUGCAGCUGCCACAGAUUAAGUCCAGGACCCAGUUUAUUUCUGUUGCAUCUCUUUCCUGACCAUCACCCCAUAGGCCUUAGCUGAUGAGCAGAACUCCUUGUUUGUCAUGUAGGAUAAGUAGACAAGUUCUGAAUUGUGUGGUGAUUUCUGUGUUCGAACAAUCACUCCAAAUUUGAUUUGGAAACCUGGUGUCACUGCCUUCAAUAAGGAAUACCUAUCAGAAGCUGGACCACUGCAUCCUGUAUCUAUUACAGCUUCCAACUUCCUUACAGAGGCUUCCCAUAUAACACACAUUAUGUGGGGGUAACCAUAGCAUGGAUCACAGUGUUGGGUCAGCACUAUUCAAGAAGCAGUGAAAGUGGUAAAUUUGCUUCAGCUGGUAGAAGGCAUCCCUCACCAUCACAAUCACCUGCUGUUUUCUGUCCCUGAAUUAGCUUACCUAAACUGAUAACAAUUUAUUGUUUUAGAAAUAUUCAUCUUUUAGUAUUUCAAUGGUUCCAUGCUGUAAGCCACCCAGAGUUGUUUCAAUACAAGAUAGGCAGCAAAUAAAUAAAUAAAUAAAUAAAUAAAAUGUGAAUAUAUACUAGGCCAGCAUAUUUAGGUACAUUUCUAGAAAUGGAGUAAUUACAGUGUGCUAGUGUGAAAAUGAGGAAUUGCCUGUUCAGUUUCUAUUUAAUCUGCAGAGAACUCUAGCAAUGUAUUAAGAUGCAUUGCACGUGGAAUUGAACUGACUUGUAUAUGAGUCCUUAACAAAUUUUAUUUCUACAGCAUCACUAAAUUACUGGAAGUUAAAGAUGGUUGAAAUCUUUCCCUAUGCAGCAUUAAAAAAAUUGCAAUUGCCACAUUAUUGUACAACUGAAUUAGACCUUAUGACAUCUUGUUAUAAGUUGAUGAAGCAUAAUUACCUAUACAUCACUGUGCUAUCAAUCCAUGGAGUUGCACAUAUGCUUUAUACCAGGGGUCUCCAACCUUGGCAACUUUAAGACUUGUGGCUGAGGAAUUUAUUUAUUUAUUUAUUUAUUUUGUCACAACAAUAUAUGUAGGAAUCAUACAAAAGAUUAUAUAGUAUAUAAACAUAUAUGGGUAAAUAUAAGGAGGUAUAAGCAUAUAUAUAGAAAGAAGAAAAGAAAAACAAUAGGACAGGAACGGUAGGCACGUUUGUGCGCUUAUGCACGCCCCUUAUGGUCCUCUUAGGAAUGGGGUGAGGUCAAUAGUAGAAAGUUUUUGGAUAAAGCUUUUAGGAUUAUGGGAAGAGACCACAGAGUCAGGUAAAGUAUUCCAAGCACUGAUGAUUCUGUUACAGAAGUCAUAUUUUCUGCAAUCUAGAUUAAAGCGGUUGACAUUAAGUUUAAAUCUAUUAGUUGCUCUAGUAUUAUUGCAAUUAAAGCUGAAGUAGUCUUUAACCGGAAGGACAUUACAAUAGAUGAUUCUGUGAGUUAAGCUUAGGUCUUGUCGAAGGCGACUCUAUUGUUUUCAGAGGAAUGGAGAACUCUUCUUGUAAAAUAUUUCUGGACACGUUCAAUUGUAUUGAUGUCAGAGAUGUGGUGAGGGUUCCAAACAGGCGAGCUGUAUUCUAGAAUUGGUCUAGCAAGUGUUUUAUAUGCUCUGGUUAAUAGUGUGAUGUUUUUGGAAAAGAAACUAAGUGUUGUGUCUUGCCCGCCCUCAGAGCAGCCGGGGCCUUCUUACCUGCUCCCGCACACUGAGGAAUGUAUGCCUCCCGGUCCCAGUCCUGGCUCCAUGCCCACACAAACUGCAGAAGGAGAAUCUCCCUGCCCCAGCCCUGACUCCAUGCCCAGGCAAACGGAGCAGCUAGACCCCUCCCCCUCCUCCACAGCAGGUGAGCCUGAGGAGGGUUUACUCCCAAGAACAGCUGAUUGGUGUGACCCUCGCAUCAGAAGAUUGGAGAGGCGGAGGCUACAGAGGGAAGGGAGGGGCAGGCCUUAAUGAGUGCUGAGUCAUGGUGCCACACCCCAUGGCCUAUAUAAAGGAGCUACUUUCUGGCAGUCUCUGAGUCAGGCAAAAAGUCAAACUUAUCUUGCUGAAGUCACUUACUGGUCUCCUGCCUGCUCUGAGGACUUUGCUAGGACUUUGGACAGAGCUGCAGAGGCACGCCUGAUUCGGAUUUCCCGGACCCAGCCGUCAGCGGAGGAGUGGGACACGACACUACGCAAGAUUAGGUUUACAACUCUUAGAGCUUUUUUUGCUAUAUAAUUGCAGUGGGCUUUGGCACUUAGAUCAUUUGACAUGAAAACUCCAAGGUCUCUAACGGGAUGGGGGUCAUCUGUAAGGUAAUGUCCAUCUAGUUCUAGUAUGUACUUAAUUUUUGGGUUCUUUUUUCCUAUAUGUAAGACUGAGCAUUUGCUGGUUGAAAUUUGGAGCUGCCAAUUUUUAGACCAAGCGGUUAGAUGAUCAAGGUCGUUUUGAAUUAUAGAAGUAUUGUCUGUGAUGUUAAAUAGUUUGACAUCAUCAGCAAAGAGAACACAAUUACUUGAGAUAUGGUCACAAAGAUCAUUAAUGUAUAGUAUAAAGAGUGUUGGUCCAAGGACGCUGCCUUGAGGAACGCCACUCUUGACAGGAACAGGAUUUGAUAGAGCAUUGCCAAUUUUGACCACUUGUUGUCUGUUAGACAGAAAAGCAGAUAUCCAUUUG